AUGCAAUGGGACACACACAUGUCGAUAUCUGGACCUGCGCUAUCAUAUGAACCCCUCAAAGGCACCACCAAUGUCAAGACACCCCCCAACUAUGAGAAGUUUGAUGGUUUCGUCAACCCAGACCUUAUCCCCCAGCCGUCUCUCAUUCAACAACGAAAAUUUGCACAGGCACAAGCUAGAAAGCAGGUUGAAGCUGCUCCACCACCGAUUAUCAUUCAUAAUCAUCUCCCCAAUCUUCAUCAUCCAGGUACAGCCAUAUCUGAUGCACAGCCUGUUCAUGCAGCCUCCACCAUCAAUGGCUUAUUGCUGCCUUCCGUUGCCCACCUUUCUGGUCAACCUCUCAUGAUCUCCCAAUUCUGUGAAAUGUUUUCUCUUCAUGAAAAUGUUUCCCUGCACCUGCAGGAACACAGUUUUGCAAGUGUUGGUGCCCUUCGCCAAGUCACCAUGGCUGACAUGAAAGAGAUGGGUUUUAAGUUUGGGGAGAUUGCAGAGAUCCAGGAAGCCCUCAAACAGUGGGUCAAAGAGAACCACUGGACAAGGAAUGAUGUUUAG